UCUGAACGCCCUCGGUUGGGGCGCUCUCCGGUUGGUGUAGUUUAUUUAACAUCCGUGAUCGUGCGCUAGGUGUUGUAUAUGUCAGCAUUGAUAAUGUUUGCACAUGUGAUGAUACAUAUUAAUUGUUGUAGGAAAUGGCGGACGAUGAGUUAACUGAUAUGAUGUAUGACAUGGAGUUUGAAGAACUGAUGAAAGACUGGAUAGAAGAUUGGUCAGAUGAUGAAAAUUCAGAUCGUGGAGAUAGGUCAGAGAAUGGGAACGUAUUGGAAGAUCUUAAUGAAAACAAUGAGCAUGAUGAUGGUGAGGAAAACAACUCGGAGAUCUCGAAUGAAGAUUACAUUAGUCAGCUCAUUUCCGAAUGUCAUAAUGCGUACGACUAUUACGGUGAAUCCGACGCGGAGACAGGCCUUGAUGUCGAAUCAUUAGCUGCAUCUGAUUCUGGGGAGUCGCAAUCGUCGGUCAUCAUGACUGAGGUAUGUAUGUAAUCAAUGUUGUAUGGAAGUAAUGUUAUACCAUAGAAAGCUGUUUUCAUGGCUAUGUUAUGAUUGUGUAGGUGACAGAAGUUGAGGGGAAAAAGAAUGUCCAAGAUACUGCUAGUGCAGAUGAUAAGAGGGAUAUGUUCAUGCAGAUAAUACAAAUGACUUUUACGUCUCACGAGGCUGCGUAUGAUUUCUAC